AUGGCCCUCCAUAGCCUACUCUCCACCCUCCUCCUCUCACUCUCACUAUCCAAACUCAUCUCCACUCAGGCCAUCCGGACCGGCAAGACCCCCAACACCUUCGAGGUCGUCGGUCACUCCGGCGCCUCCGCACAGAUGAUGUUCAUCGGCACGCCCACAAAGACCUAUGUGGUCGACAAGGUCGAAAACAACGAGUUGAAACUCAAUGGCCUGCCCGUUUGGGGAACAUCCUAUGAUACCGAAUCAAACACGGCCACUCCCAUGCCGAUCAACAGUAAUACUUUCUGUGCAGGUGGCAACGUACUUGGGAAUGGUACUUGGCUAAAUGUCGGUGGAAACUUGGCAGUCUCGUAUGGUGGUUUGAAUGUAGCCAAUAAUUUCGAUCCUUACAAAAAUAAGGACGGUGGCAAAUCCAUGCGACUCCUCAACCCUUGUAACGACAACUCUUGCCAGUGGGCCGAAUCUACUCCCAUGACAACAAGAAGAUGGUACCCCACCCUGGAAACUCUUGAAGACGGCUCAAUCAUCAUCAUUGGAGGUGACGAUUGGGGAGGAUACGUAAAUGACAAGGGACAAAACAAUCCCACUUAUGAAUUUUUCCCUUCGAAGGGUAACGUCACCGGACUCAAUCUUCUUGCUAUAUCUCUCCCAGCCAAUCUUUACCCAUUGACUUGGUUGCUACCAUCCGGCAAUCUUUUCAUCAACUCGAACUGGAACAAUGCAAUCUUGGACUACAAAACAAACACCGAAUUCCAAAUCCCCAAUGUCCCUCAUGCUGUUCGCACUUACCCCGGCUCGGCUGCCAACGCUAUGUUACCAUUGACUCCCGCUAACAACUACACUGCUUCGCUUUUAUUCUGUGGUGGAACAAAUCUGCAACCCGAUCAAUGGAAGUUGGAUUGGAAUAUUGCUGCUUACCCUGCAGAUGCAACAUGCGUCAGAAUCACUCCUGAUGUUGAUACUAAUUGGCGUGAUGAUGACUCCAUGCCAGAGGGUCGCUCCAUGGGCAAUUUCAUCUUUCUUCCCGACGGUCGCUUGUUCUUACUGAACGGUAUUGCUAAAGGUACAGCUGGUUAUGGUAACACCAGUUGGGCUCUUGGACAAAGUUUUGGAGACGGUCCUAUAUAUGAGCCAGCUUACUUUGAUCCCAACGCACCUCAGGGAUCCAGAUGGUCGAGACCCUCUGAUUUGAAGCCAAGCACAGUGGCCCGGAUGUACCACAGUGUGGCUCUUCUGUUGCCCGAUGGAUCUAUCCAGUCCUCAGGAUCGAACCCUAAUGCUGAUUAUGUCGCUCCUGGAACCCCGGGAUAUCCGUACUUCACCGAAUACAAAGUCGAGCGAUUCUAUCCCGAUUACUAUAACAAACCUCGACCCAAACCGACAGGUCUUCCCACCACAAUUAGCUAUGGCGGUAACUUCUUCGAUCUGAAACUCCCUAAGGAAGAUAUCAGUGCAAACGAUGCCCUCGAACAAACCAAAGUUGUCAUCAUUCGUCCUGGAUUCUCCACGCAUGCUAUCAAUAUGGGUCAGCGCUAUGUUCAAUUAAGCUCGACAUACGAGACAAACUCGGAUGGAUCGGCAACCUUACAUGUUUCCCAGCUACCGCCCAACCCAGCCGUACUUGCACCAGGACCGGCAUUUAUCUACGUGGUGGUGAAGGGGGUGCCCUCGAUUGGAGCUAUGGUCAUGGUCGGAAAUGGACAGUUAGGAGCGCAACCAACGGCUGCUCAACCCACUCUCCCUGGAAAGACACCAGCGAUCGUCCAGAAAACUGAAACAGCUGCUGAAAUGGGCUCAGUUGCAGGUGGCAAAAUUGCUGCUAAGAAGGGUGCCUCGACUCGCUCUGCCUCGAUCUCGAUCACGAAUCUUCUAGCACUCGUUGGCCUGGCCACUCUCUUCAACUGGCUCCAUUGA